AUGGCAGACAGAGCUCCAGUCGCUCACAGCUGCCCCGUAUGCCGCAAGCACUACCAGAGGUGGAAGUGGCUCGAGAAGCACUUUGUCAAGGACCACCCCCGGAUGGACGCUGGCAUGUUGCCUCCCCAACCUCCCGCAACCACCCCUGCGACCACCCCCAAGCCCCGCAAGCCUCUUCCCAAGAAGGCUCAAAAGCGCAAGGUCGGAUAUGUCCUCCUCGCACGUGGAUCGGUCGGUGGAAACGAUAAUGCCCGCCAGGCUGCCGAUAUCAUCGAGAUUGUCGACCUGCGUACGCCGUCGCCACCCCCGCAGCUCCCCAGCCCACCCAGCUCAAUGCGCUCCCACCCGCGUUGGGCAGUUGACAAUUCCAGGACCCCCGGUCCCUUGAACAAUGUCGCCACUCGGGAUCUCUCCCCAUCACUAGACAGCGACAUUGACAGCGACAUUGACAGUGACCCUCCUUCCCCUCCAAGCAUCCCCAAAGUGACCCAGGCUGCGGCGUUGGAGCACAUCAGCAGACUCCCCGCCGAGGCGGAAGGUUCUGCUCAGUCCGCCCAGUCCGAUGCCGACAACGAGGACGAUGACGAGAUUGAAACCGACAGCCAUAGUCCCCACCCUUUCAAGGAGGCCGCACUGGCCAAGAAAAGGGCCCACUCUCAGACCACUCUCCGCAACAGCCAAGGGUCGCGCGCUUCUACGGCCGCCACACACUUCAUUGACUCGGACACGCCAAUGGUCUCCCACCUGCCCUCGACCGACUCUGAAGAGAUCCCCGCCCGUCGUCUGGAUAAGGGAAAGGGAGUUAAACGCCGCAGCCCCACCCCGGUCAGCGGACAUGGGCAAGCGCGCAAGAAACAGAAGAACGAGCGCCCCGAUCCCAACCGGGCGCCAAACGUCGGCGCCAACGACAACGACAAGUAUGGGACAUGGUCCAUUGGCAGCUGGGCUAGGAUGGGGUCUGCCCCUAGUGCUUUUGGCCAACCGUCCUUUGGGCUUGGUUCACCCUUCCAGGAGGCAGGACCUUCGUCGAGACCCUCCCAGACCUCUUCUCACUUUCCACCAUCGACCCAGGAGCACUCCAAAAUGCCCUCACCCUCCAAAUCGCCAUCGCCUGAAGCCACCCCGGCCCCCGAGCGGAGCGUCAAGGAGUUCAUGACCAAGGCCAGCGCUGCGACCUCCCGCAACGCCAGUCACAUUCCAGCCCUGUCCCCGCAGCCGGGCCCCAGCCAGCUCCCGGGCACUCUGUACAGUGAUGACGACGAGUUCCAAGAGGUCGUGGCGCAAGUGACCGCGGCUGUCGCGGACCCCCAAGACCCACCGGCGCUUACCCCGUUCCAAAACUCGGCCACCACCCUCGCCGACAUGUCGGCGUCACAGGCAUCCACGCUGGCCGGUCCCUCCCAGAACUUCCAGCACGCCAUCCAGCACCCACUUUCGGGCGGCACGGUCGCCAGGUGCGAUGCCAUCCGGUGCAAAGCGUGCCACGGCCUCGCUCACGCUAUACACUGGGUCCACAGCCUGCCCUUCUUCUGGCGCCACUGCGAGCAUCACGAGCUGGAGGAGUCAAAGUAA